UAAGGUUAGUUUUUAAAGUCAUUGGUGCACAGCCGGGGAUCGAGCCUACGACCUCAGGGAUGAGAGUAGCAUGCUGAAGCUAGACCAACACUGCUCUGCUGAUUUGUGUAUAUAAUUUGAUUUGUAAUACCAGCCAAAAGGUGCCAUAAAUAUUAUAAAUUAACAACCCACUACUUAAUUUUUUUAAAUUUCUAUAUUCCAAAUACCAGCUUGAUGUUAUAUGUGUACAUGAAGCUGUUAAAUGAUCAAUUAAUGGAUGCAUACAAAACAACAAUAUUUCUUCAAAAUUAUCAAUACAACAGUCCUAAAACAGGUAUCUACCCCAUGCCAUCGUUGCCGCCCUUAAUAAAAAAGCUGUAAGUUUUCGUCCAAUCUCAUUUCAGUACACCGUUAUUACAUUUUCUAUUGCUUUCAUUCUUAUAGUUUUUAUUUUAUUAAGUUUAUGGGCAUUUUUGUAAAUGACAGUAUAAUUAAGCUGUAAUUAGUAAUGCCUUUAUUGAAGUACCUGCUAUUAAAUGUUCAUAUCGUGAAGGUAAUUUUCAGUUCUAUUAAUGUAAUUGGUUUUGUCGUUGUUCAUUCUAUUUCUAUUCCCCAAACAACUCGCAACACAUUUUUAAUUAUAACUGUUCUCGAUUAAUUUAUGAAAAAUGAUUCCGAAACAUCGAUUGCCGUGCGUUGAAGACAUCAAGAAAUCUAUUGGGAUUUUAAAUCCUUUUCUAAGGAUGUUUUCGUUAAAGUGUGAUACAUUUAAACAUAAAAAGUAUACAGUGUUAUCGAUUGUAACAUUCAUUUUACCGGCUCUUAUUCUUGGAUCCAUUGAUGCUUUGACAUUAUAUUUCAAGAUUUUAUAUACAUAUCACGACGUGGUGGUCUCGAUUAAGUACACAGAUGCAGUACAAGUAACAUUUGAUUUUUUUCAAUAUAUCGUUGAUUUGUACAUUGUAUAUAGAUGCGGCAAUUCUUUAGAAGAAUAUUACAAAAUAUACGAGAAAUUGGAUGAGGAACUUGGAAUGAAGUACUGUGGAGUUUUAUACGGGAAGCUGCGAAAGAUUAUUCUGAUAUACGGCUUUAUAUGGACGAUCAGUUGUGCAGGCGAUUAUUGGGCUUGGCUCGAUUCAUCCGGUUGGAAAACUGCAUCGGCAUUUUCAAUAUCCUACAUUUUUGUCUUGAUAAAAAUUAUAACUAGUCUAGAUAUGACGGCGCAUCUAAUGCAUAUAGACUUUCGUCUCCGUGCUAUUGGCGACGCAGCAGAAUCUCUUUGCAAAAAACUGAAAUGUUCAUAUCGAGAAAGAGUCGGCGAAAAUGAUGAGACUUCUGUAAAAAUAAUUACAGUUGGAACUACGAAUAGUAAUGUUGAGGUAGUGAAAUGCUUAGGUAGAUGCUACGUUUGGGUAGUUAAACUAGCUGAGUUCGUCAAUCAAGCAUUCGGAACAAGGGUCCUUCUGAACACUCUCAGUGUAUUGAUUGAUAUUAUACGAUUUACAAAUAUUGCUGCCAGGAUAUUGCUUGGAUCACAGCACCUACAUAAACAUGCGACGGGUAUAUUCCCGGUGCUGUCAACAUUAAUGAGGCUAUUUACUUGCGUGGUUAUGGUCUUCAGUCUUGCAAAACAUUGCGAACUGGUGUACGGGCAACGGGAGAGAGUAAUCAAUAUAAUAGAUCACGCAAUUGUCUUCAAUGAACCUAGUGUUGAUGUAAAAUCAGCUUUAAACGACCUCCGUGUCCUCAUACAAUAUAGACCAGUGGAAUUCUGCAUGUCCAACCUAGUUCGUAUCGACUAUUCACUAUUGGGAUCCAUGACUUCGAUAGUCGUAACUUAUACAAUUAUAUUAUUACAAAAUGUUAAUUAGAACAAAUUAAAAUAAAUGGAAACUCGAUUUUUUUCGUAUCGCAACCGAUCCUAUUAUUAUUGUGCAGUUUUGUUGUUAUCUGUUCUAAAACCCGUUAUAUAAAUUAUUGAAUAAAAUUAAAAGGAUCAUUAA